AAAUAUUCUCUCAAUCUCUAUAUAUUGAGUUCAUACAUUCAUUAACUCAACUGGGUUCUCUUUUUUUUUUCCCUCAUUUAAAUUAAAACUAAUGGCUCAUUUUUCAUCAUCUCAUCUCCUCUUCUCCCUUCUCCUCUGUGUUCACCUGUUCUUCUUCAACCCUGCAAAUGCCAUCAAAAUCUCUGAUGGUUCUGAGCAAUGGGGUUAUGUUCAAGUCAGACCGAAAGCCCACAUGUUCUGGUGGCUGUACCAGAGUCCACAGCGGAUUGAUAACGGGUCGACGCCAUGGCCAACUGUGCUCUGGUUGCAGGGUGGCCCUGGAGCUUCAGGAGUUGGGUUUGGAAACUUUGAAGAGGUCGGCCCAUUGGACACUGAUCUCAAGCCCAGGAGCACAACUUGGUUGCAGAAAGCUGAUCUUCUCUUCGUAGACAAUCCAGUAGGGACAGGAUACAGCUUUGUUGAAGACGAGAGUGCGUUGGUGAGGACUGAUGAAGACGCCGCAGCUGACUUAACUACAUUAUUGAAAGCUCUGUACAAUUCAAACGCAAGACUUCAGAGUAGUCCUCUGUUUCUUGUAGCUGAAUCUUAUGGAGGAAAAUAUGCUGUGACUCUUGGGCUAUCCAUCGUCAAGGCUGUGAAGGCUGGAGGACUGAAGCUCAAAUUUGGAGGAGUUGCUCUAGGAGAUAGUUGGAUAUCACCAGAAGAUUUCGUAUUUUCGUGGGCUCCUCUGCUUAGAGAUGUCUCUAGGCUUGAAAUCAAAGGAGCAGAAGAAGCUAACAGUUUGGCUGAGAAAAUUAAGAAACAGAUAGCAAAUGGGCAGUAUUUGGAGGCAACUAAUACUUGGAGUGAGCUAGAAAACGUAAUUAGUGAGAACUCUAAUCAUGUGGAUUUCUAUAAUUUCAUGCUGGAUUCAGGUGAAGAUCCUGUAUCCACUAGUACAGUCUCACUUGCGAUGGGGACAUCUAUGAGCAAAUAUGCAACGUAUUUGAGCUCUAAGGCCUCUUCAAAUGGUGAUAUUAAUCAACUAAUGAAUGGUGUCAUUAAGCAGAAGCUGAAGAUUAUCCCCAAGGACGUAAGGACUAGCCCAACUUGUGAUCUUGCUGUUGCAUGUAGCUGGGCAGCGCAGUCUAAUCUUGUUUUCAGUGCAUUAAGCAAUGAUUUCAUGAAACCAAGGAUUGCUGAGGUUGAUGAGCUUUUGUCUCAGGGAGUCAACGUCACUAUCUAUAACGGACAGGUUGAUCUGAUUUGUGCAACCAAAGGUACAGAAGCCUGGGUUCAGAAACUCAAAUGGCCAGGGCUACAAAAUUUCACCAACUUAGAAAGAACACCUAUACAUUGUGAAGGUAUUAAAGGCACCAGAGGCUUUGUCAAGUCCUAUCAGAAUUUGCAUUUCUAUUGGAUCAUUGGAGCAGGUCAUUUUGUGCCACUGGACAACCCUUGUGUAGCAUUAAAGAUGCUCGGUGACCUUACUCAAUCUCCUGCAGCACCUGCUGCCGUCACUUCCUUCUCAUAAUAGAUUCACUCAGAAAACCAUCAAAUUGUUCCCCAUCAAUAAAUUGGGCUAAAGCCCUUAUUUCCCCACAAAAGAAGAAAAAUCAUCAGAUUAUCCCCUCCUCUCCUGCAAGCUACCCAGUAUUUGCAUUGAGUAAAGCAAUUGACUAGUUUUCUUGUAAUUAUUGCUUUUUGGGUGUUAUUUUAGUACGGCAGUGUAAGGGAAGAGUGGUUGACUGAGAAGAACAUAAAUAUAUGACUGUUGGAUGAGUUGUACACAUAUUCAUUCAAAAAAAAAAAAAAA